AUGAACUUUUCUAAUUUUGGACAAGUGCUUCUCGUUUUUUCAUGCCUGGUUUUUUCGAUUUUGGCUGACACAACUACAGUAUCCGGAUAUAUUUGUCAGAAUGGCAAAAGUUCGAUAAUUCGUGAGUUUUUGAAGAGUAAUUUAAAGAAAAUCAAGAUUUUUUAGAAUGUAAAAGUGGAUUUUUGGGACGAAAGAGUUGCGAUAACUCCAUCCUAAUUUGUGAAGGUGGAAAAUAUUGUUGUGAGUUUUUUGACAAAUUGAAAAUUUUGGAAUUUCAUAAAAAUUUCAGCCAAAAAUUAAAACUUUCGAAAAAAAUUUCAAGAUUUUUUUUCAAGAAAAUAAUAACCAAAAACUCACCCAUCUUUCAGGCGAGCCAACAUCUUCAACAAAACGCGGAGUAACAAAACCAUAUUCCUCCACAACUUCCUCUUCAUUUUCUAUAAAUUCUUCCACAAUCUCCUCCUCCUCAUCUUCUUCUUCUUCAAAUUCUUCCUGCUCAAAGUGUUCCACAACAAUUCGAAAUGACUGUUUCCGCUCGCUGCACAUUCUCGAAAAUCUCACAAUUCCAACAACUUCUUGUCAAAUUUGCGAAGGCUGUUGUGGCGACGCGUUUCCAGAUAAAUGCAAAAUUUGGAAAAACAAACAAUUUUGCGAUAUGGAAUGGUAUUCGAGGGAUAAAAAAUUGAUACUUUGCGGAAAAACUUGUGGAUUUUGUUAA